AUGAAAAGACGAAAAAAAAAACCCAGUGGACGUAAACACAACGUAGAUCACGUGACUACAACCAGGAAGUAGCUUGAGCGUCAGCAACAAAAGGGAGACAUGACCUCUUCAGAAUGGCACCUGUCUUUAAAGCUGGUGGAUCAGCCCAAGUCCACCUUCCACUUCCCAGAGAUGAUGCCAGGAGAUGUACCACCUGGAGGAUACAGAGUCGCUACCUUAAAACAGCUCGUAGCAGCUCAGCUCCCAGACUCCAUCCCAGACCCUGAACUAAUAGAGCUGGUCCACUGUGGGCGAAGACUUAAGGAUGAUUUAACUCUGGAUGCCUGCGGGAUUCAACCAGGAUCCACCUUACACAUCCUCAAGAAGACGUGGCCCGAGCCAGAGAGCAGUUCAGAGCCUGUAAACAGAGCAACAGCAGCCAGAGAGUUCAGGGUGUUUCAUGCUGCUCUUCAUUCUCUCAACUCUGCCUACAGAGACUCGGUAUAUAAAAUGCUGACAAACAAAGAGUCCUUGGAUCAGAUCAUUGUAGCCACGCCAGGGCUCAGGUCAGACCCAGUUGCACUAGGAGUGCUCCAAGACAAAGAUCUCUUUGUGCAGUUCACGGACCCGAAUAUGCUGGACGUAUUAAUCAGUUCACACCCAGCCCUCGUCAAUGCCAUCAUCCUGGUCCUGCACUCCGUGGCGGGCAGCAUGCCCGCUCAGUCCAGCGCCAGCUCUUCUCGCAAUGUGUCUGCCAGUUCUUACGGCGAUAUGCCAGGGGGCUUCAUGUUUGAGGGAAUGUCUGAUGAUGAGGAAGAAUUCCAGUCUGGGAGCCCGGCGGGUCCCUCCAACAGAGGCGGGGUCUCAGCAGGAAUGAGACCAGUUUCUCUGAGCCACAGCGGAGCAACAGGCCCUCGACCUAUAACGCAGAGUGAGCUGGCUACUGCUCUGGCCCUCGCUAGCACUCCUGACAGCAGCGCUGUCACGCCAACAACAGCAAGUCAGACGGACCCCUCCAGUGGUGUAGCCCCCAUGCCAGCAGGGACCCCAGUCAGUAAUGAUCUCUUCAGCCAGGCACUACAGCAAGCUCUGCAAGCCACCAACAUGUCUGCUCUACAGGGCCGCUGGCAGUCCCAGAUGCAGCAGCUUCGGGACAUGGGGAUCCAGGAUGAGGAGCUGAUGCUGAGGGCGCUGCAGGCCACAGAUGGUGACAUCCAGGCUGCCCUGGAGCUCAUAUUUGCGGGAGGCCCAGGACUCUGAGUCCAAGCCCCACGGACAAAGCCUUUUAUAGAGGAGAGAGCAGGAAAAAUCUGGUCACCCUGCUGCCCAGGAAGGAUAGGCAAAUGUUAACUCACAGUAUAUAGAGUUCUUAUUGUUCCUCUAUUUAACUGGAAACACACUGUACUGACAGAGCAGUAUCAGCCGUGCUCCACAGGACUCGACACCUACAGCUUUUUCUUAUUAAUGUGACAAAAUGGUUAAUAAAUUGAAUCAUGUUUACA